AUGUUUAAUGACCCUACAGUGCAAGAACAAAUAGAAGAAUCCUUUCAACGGGUUAGUACUCCAGGUUUCUAUGAAGACUAUACUGAUGGUUCGGCAUUCAGAGAACAUCCUGUAUGUGGGUUGAUGAAGACUAUUCAGCUCACUUUUUAUCAAGAUGCCUUUGAGUUUUACCCACUAAGUCCCACUGCAGGAACUUACAAAUGUAUUGGAUUCUAUUUCUUCCUUGGAAAUUUCCACCCUAAUGCUAGAUCAAAAGUUGAUGCAAUUCAACUCGCUUUGAUUGUCAAGGAAAAUGAUUUAAGGUACUUUGGACAAGAAGCUGUUUUGAAGGCCCUUAUUGAUGAAAUGACUGAGCUAUCAACAAACGGUAUCAAAUAUAAGGGUGAAACAAUUCCUGUAGUUUUUAACAACAUGUGUGGUGACAACUUAGGUCAACAUACUAUUGGAGGGUUCCUUGAAGCAUUCAACUCUGACUAUUAUUGCAGAUUCUGUACAGCAACAAAAGAAAUGGUAAGGGAAAAUCCUACCUGCACUUUACCAUUUCGUACUCCUGAAGAAUAUGACAAUAUUACAGCUGAACUUCUUUCUGAAGAAAAUAAACUCUAUCAAAAGAAAGGCAUCAAAAGGCCAAGCGAGCUGAACAAGAUACCAUUCUACCAUGUCUGCAAUGGUCAGCCGCCAUGUAUUUCUCACGACAUUCUGGAGGGCAUAGGAAAAGCAGACUUCGCCCUAUUUUUACGGUACUUUGUUCAAAUAAAAGAUUGGAUAUCUAUUGACAUGCUCAACAGGCGUAUCCAGAACUUCAAAUGCAAGGGUCGUGAUGCUGCCGAUUCACUUGUGAAGCUGGAUAAGUCAUUGUCAAAGAUUAGGGGUCAUGCUUCUGAAGUGUGGCUUUUUAUUAGAAUGUUCCCCUUCCUUAUUUCUGACAAAAUUAAGGAUCAAGAAGACCCUGUGUGGCAACUUGCACUUCUACUGAAAAAAAUAUGUGAGUAUGUUUUUGCUCCCAAGAUCUCUGAAGAAAUGGCUGUUAAGCUAAAGCAAUUAACAUAUCUGUACCUUGAACAGCGAGCAAAGAUUUUUCAGAAAAAUCUACAGCCGAAGCAUCAUUUUUUGUGCCACUAUGCAGAUCUUAUCCCCGUUUUUGGUCCUCUGAUUAGACUUUGGACAAUGCGCUUUGAAAGCCGACAUGUUUUUUUCAAACAUGCAGCAGUAGCAGCCAACAAUUUCAAGAAUAUAACCAAAACACUUGUCAACAAGUACAUUCUUAAUUUUGCAUUCAAAUUCACUGGAAGAAUGAUUCCACCGCCUAUCAAUUUCAGAGAUGACGAUAUCAGCCAGAUCCCAGAAGAUUUGAAUCCUGAAGUUGCCCAAAUUUUGAGAGAAGAUCCAUCUUUUGACCGCAUCUUGAAGUGUGUUGAAGUUAAUGGCAUCAUGUAUGAACCAAAAAUGUGGCUGCUUUUGCAAAAGGUACAGCAGAACUUGCUUUAUGGAGAAAUUGUCUUGAUCCUGUUCAAUGGUCAUCAAGUAAAGUAUGUUAUUAAGAAACACCAGGCAGAAGAUUCUCUACAAGGUUAUUACAGAAUUCUAGGUAGAGAGGGCCUAGGCUCUAUUUUGCAAGAGGACUUACCAGACUACUACCCUUUGGCAUCAUAUCUUCAUAAUGGUUAUCAAUGUCUAAGUCUCAAACAUGCAAAUCCAAUUAUGGACUAG